GCCACUCUGCCAGAUUGAUGCAUUCAGGGGGCUUCAAGCAGAGCAAAAAAGGGCUGUGCUCUAUUGUCUCCAUAUCGCACUGCCUCUUUAAAAUCAGAAAUGCAUGGACAGCUUCAAGGUGCCUCCCACUGAGAAAAGGCUUUAGAUGCAUGCACAGAGCCAGCGGAGCCAUCCUCCCCUGAGCAGCAGGGCAAACCUGCUUGGGAGAGAAAUGAUCGUUCAGCAAAGUCCUCUGGCUGCUUCCAGUGAUCCUUUCUCUGCUCCUGUGACAGCAGCACAUUUGCAGGGGACAAACCUGGAGGCUAUCCCCGUGGUGCCUGAGAACUCCAAGAAGAUGAGAGCAGAAGGAGAUAAAUGAGGCUGUUGCUCUAUAAUUUUACGGGGACAAACACAAGGUGACUCACUGCUCAGAAGGAAACUCUGGAUGAGGUCUCUUGCCUGCCAGCGUUGUACCCUGCCACACUCGGUAAUUCCAAUACGAAACCGAGGGCCAGCAAAGCCAUAUACGCCAUAACAAGACAGCCAUGGCCAUGGAGCAAGCUGAACAUAACUCAAAUGCCACCGUUAACCCUAACUUUGCUGCAAUCUACAAUCUCCACGAUGGGGAUUUAACCUCCUUGCGAAACUUCUCCUUCCCUUUCAAUUUCAGCUACAGUGAUUAUGACCUGCCACUGGACAGUGAAGAUGACAUGACCAAAACCAGAACCUUCUUUGCAGCUAAGAUUGUGAUUGGGGUGGCUCUGGUUGGCAUCAUGCUGGUGUGUGGCAUCGGCAACUUCAUCUUCAUUGCUGCUCUUGCCCGCUACAAGAAGCUGCGAAACCUCACCAACUUGCUGAUUGCCAACCUGGCCAUCUCUGACUUCAUUGUGGCUAUCGUGUGCUGUCCCUUCGAGAUGGACUAUUAUGUGGUGAGGCAGCUGUCCUGGGAGCAUGGCCACAUCCUCUGUGCCUCAGUCAACUACCUACGGACAGUCUCCCUCUAUGUUUCUACCAAUGCUCUCCUGGCUAUUGCUGUUGACAGGUAUCUGGCCAUUGUUCACCCACUGAAACCACGCAUGAAUUAUCAAACAGCAACCCUCCUAAUCGCCUUGGUCUGGAUCGUCUCCAUACUUGUAGCUAUCCCAUCUGCAUACUUUGCUACUGAAACAGUGUUAUUUAUAGUUAAAAACCAGAGGAAAAUUUUCUGUGGUCAAAUUUGGCCAAUUGACCAGCAGAUGUACUACAAAUCAUACUUCCUUUUCAUCUUUGGUAUUGAGUUCGUUGCACCUGUGAUUACAAUGACUUUGUGUUAUGCCAGGAUCUCUCGAGAGCUUUGGUUUAAAACCGUACCAGGAUUUCAGACAGAACAGAUCAGAAAGAGGCUACGAUGCAGAAGAAAAACUGUUAUGGUACUGAUGUGCAUCCUGACUGCCUAUGUUCUCUGCUGGGCACCUUUCUAUGGCUUCACAAUUGUCCGUGACUUUUUCCCCACCAUCUUUGUGAAAGAGAAGCAUUAUCUUACUGCUUUUUACAUAGUUCAAUGCAUUGCUAUGAGUAACAGCAUGAUAAACACCAUGUGUUUUGUAACUGUAAAAAAUAACACCAUGAAGUAUUUCAAGAAGAUCAUGUUGCUCAGAUGGAGAUCAACAUACAGUGCAAGCAAAUCUAGCACAGAUUUAGAUCUGAGAACAAGUGCAAUGCCAGUCACAGAGGAAGUAGACUGCAUAAAGCUGAAAUAAAUUUUCUGCCAUUAUAAUCUCAUAUAAUGCCUCUUCAGAAGCUUCUCCCUUGUUUGUGGCAAUACCCACCAUUGGUGAGAGUCCUAGAAAAGCAGCCUACUAUGCACAUCCACCAGAACUCUUUUCACUGGACUGCUGUAUAAUUCUGUAACUCGGACUGAUGCUGUGCUUCAGCCAUUUGUAUAUUUGGGAUGUAGACACUCAUUUCAGAGUUGUUUAAAAUUUAAGAUAAACAAAAAGGUUAAAUGCAUUAAAGCCUAUUACAACGAUGGAAGAGUUAAUUGCUGAUCCUAGCAAUGAUGUUCCUUUGUUUCUUCUCAAGAGAAAUCUCUUAACCCCUUUUAGCUUAUCAUUUGUACCUUUAAGCUAUUUGGUGUCCUUUUCCUUCUGCUCACAGGAAGAAGGAUGGCAAAAAAAAAAGCCCAUUUUGCUUCAUGUCACUCUUUAGCCUCUCAGUUUACCCCUCAUGAUGAAGCUCCUUGAAGUCUACAGGGCACCAGCUUUCUGCUGUCCAAUGUGCAGCAUGCUUUUAUGAAAGGCACAUUCUCUACAAAGCUAAAUACUGUUUCAAAGUCUAGUGAAAAUCUCAAGUUUCUUCCUGUGAUACCUUGUUUAAGAACAUUUUAUCAAUAUUCCACUCUGUAGUUUUAUGUAGUGUUACUCUAUUAUGUAUUUGGAAAUGGCACAGUUACAUGUUGAAGGGACCUGUUCCCUUCUCUCACCUUGAGGCAUUCUAAGGCCAGCUUCUGCUGCCUCAAGCCACUGAGCUCUUCACAGAAUCCACCACAAAACCUAACAGGUGGGGAACAUGUAAAGAUUGCCUAGUCUACCCCUCUGCUCAAGCAGGGUCAGCUAGGACAGGCUUCCCAAGACUCUGUCCAGUUAGGCUUUGACUGACUCCAGGGAUGAGGACUCUAUAGCUUCCCUGGAACAUCUGUGCAGUGUUCAACAGCCCUCACAGUAAAACCAUGUUUUCUAAUCUUGAGAUGGAAUUUCAUGUGUUUCAACUUGUUUUUUGGUGGGACCUAUAUAAAUCUAUAGUGCAUUAAUGGGAAAAAUUCCACCCUGCUGAACCAGGCUUAGAUAUCUUACCAAGUCUGUGUACACCUUCAAAAUAAAGUACAAGUAGGGCCAAAACAGCACAGAUAUCAUGAGACAAUCUGUCUUUCUGCAAGCAAUGGAGACAGACUCUAGGCUUCGGCAAGCUACUCACUGGCUGAGUAGCUCAUUGUCUGGUCAAAUGUGAGGCAACAACUCAAGAUGAAGUUUGCAUUUCCUCCCUCAGUGCUGUUUUACUAUUCUGAUUUUGUGCAACUAAAGAACAGGUGUUAAACUGAUAAUCAUGCUAAAGCAGGUGACAGUAGCAGUAAUACCUACUCAUGUAAACUACACAUAAGAUAUGGACUUUUGUGUAUUGAAAUGAAGUCUUUUCUAUUGUGAUGACAAAUGCUUCCUGUUUUAAACUAUGUGGUAUAGCCUACUUUUGGAGUAAGUGGCUUUUGUAAAUAACUUGUCUAUUUGUGAAUUUAAAGUGAGCAGCAAAUCCUGCUAAUAAACAUGGAGUAAACAGUAAACAUGGAGUC